AAUAUCUGCCUGUUCUUAUUGCAUCCAAACCUAAUCAUGCCCUCCUAUGUGAUUACUGGCGCUAGUCGUGGUCUUGGGUUCGAGUUCAUUCGAUAUCUUGCGCAGGAUCCAAAGAACACUGUCAUUGGCCUCGUCCGGAACAAGCCUGCGGCUGAUGCAAAGACCAAGGAAGAGGGACUCCAUGGCGUCUAUAUGGUCGAAGCUCAGUACACUGACAUGUUAUCCCUAAAGAAUGCUGCACAAUCUGUCAAAGAGAUUACCGGGGGUGGUCUGGACUAUCUUGUAAACAAUGCCGCCGUCGUUUCCCACAUAAGCGAAUUCAAAACCCUGGGGGACUUUGACGACGAUUUUGAGACGCUGGAAAAGGAAAUCAUGGAAUCACUGGAAAUCAAUCUUCUGGGGGUCAUUAAGACAGUGCAAGCCUUUCUUCCUUUAAUCCGCAACGGCAAGGACAAAAAGGUCAUUACUAUGUCCAGCGGCAUGGCCGAUAUCGACUUGAUCAAUGCGACCGAAAUUGCUUUCGCUAGCCCUUAUGCUAUCAGCAAGGGCGCUGUCAAUGUCGCCAUUGCCAAGUACAACGCCCUCUACAAAAAAGAGGGUAUCCUCUUCCUCGCCAUCAGCCCUGGCUAUGUAUCUACUGAACGAAACAUGGAAAUCGCAGACAUCGACAAAGCUGCUAUUCUUGCGGGCAAGUUCGCCGAGUAUGCGCCCCACUUUCGUCGCCCUCUAACACCCUGGGAGUCGGUCGCUGCUGUUCUUUCUGUCUCCAACAAAGCCUCGAUAGCAAAUGGAGAUGGUGGUGCAUUUAUCUCACACCUAGGGAACAAACAGUGGUUGUAACUGGACUGAGUGAAACCGCGGUGGUUACUUGUAGAAACCAUCAUAGUCACACAGUGUAUUAUUAUGUUACAAGCCAAUACUCCUAUAGAGAAUCAACUUUUAUCCAAUUAUAGUGUGAUAAAACGAACCCACAAAAUGGUUAGCCGUAAGGGGUAAACGGUCAAAAGCAGUCGUAAAAUAUGUAGGUAAGUUUUGUGGACCUUACCGCCACGAGCGUUUCCAAAAGAAGGCGCACGCCCGAGUGAAAAGAAAGUUGAUGAGUCUCACAUGACAUGCUCACCGCCCCACAUUAUGUAUUUACUAGGUCGUAUUGACCACCGAUCUGCGAAUACAAUUGUCAGGAAUGCGG